AACUUUCAGGAUGGGAUGGUGGCCAAGAUAUUUUGGGGAGAGGCGGAUCGCACUAUACGUUCACGCAUCUACGUUCGCCACCCGAGAAGCGCUCGAUGUUCUGAAACCCACUACGGGGAGUCGCGUGCUCUACAUUCUCGUAUUCCGCAAGCUCAACCCAAUCACAGAGCUCCACGCCAACCAGCUUUUCGAUUUGUGGCACCAAUGUAUUUUAUAUCCCAAGUUCAAACUUGAAGAUAAUCGCACCGUCUACUUCUUCCUGGACGUGCCACUAUCAGCACCUUUGCGUACACCACAAUCAAAUUGUGCGCUGCUAGACGUCAUGAAGAUCCAGUUCACUUACUACCUUGCCAUCCUUGCCGCUGCGGUCGGGGUGAAUGCAGCUUCUGCUGAUUCAUGCAUUUAUCGGUGCCAAGGUCCUCCACACGUUUACUGCGAGGAAGGUGACGAAAUCGUCUGGGAUAGCACCCUAAAAUG